UGUUUGAGGUGGUUUGACUACAUUAGUCUAACGCCGAUUCCCUCAUCAUAAAAAUUACACCCAUAUACAUGGCGUAUAUAAUAUAAUGUACAUGUAAAUAUAACUUUGCAUAAUCCUAUUUUUGAAGACAACAAGAACCAUAUAACGGACAAAACGACAGAUAAUCAAACGGAACUCCACUUAAUAGAAUUAUGGAAUCAAACAGCAGUUCAACAGAAUAUACGACAUUUGAGAGAGACCUCUCGCUAACGAUUGGUAUUUUAAUGCUGGUAAUAUCUCUUGCUACAAUAAUUGCCAACGCACUACUUCUAGCUGCCAUCUGUUACGAUCCUUACAAAUGUCUUCGUAACGUCCCAAUAGUAUUUGUAGCAAACCUCGCAGUCGCUGAUUUGUUGACAGGACUUGCUGUUUAUCCAUUGUUUGCUGUUUACCAUUUUGGUAUUUAUCAAAACAAACAUUACUUGAAAAUACUCCUUGUUGCUUACUACAGCGUAGUGAUCACAUUCAGCAACGCUAUAGUCACAAUAGUAAUACUCAUCAUCGACCGAAGUGUGGCCAUUAAAAAACCUUUCCUGUAUCGUCGAGUUAUGACACUAAAAUCAGCUGCAAUAAUUGUGGCCAUUUCGUGGAUUUACUCUGGAUUUUUCUGCACAAUUUCUCUGAUGGGAAUGUCUGACAAAGCGUAUCUCUUACUGGAUACACAUCUACAUCUAACUUUCUCAUUUUUCUCAUUGACUCUCUUAUUUGCUUUCAUAUACUCCAACUUAAAAACAGAGGAAAGGCGGAAACUAAAGGAAGUCACAUCUAUGGUAAAUAUAGACAAUUCAACUAAAGAAAGCAUUAAAAGAAUGAAAUCUGACAAGCGGCUUUUGGUGACAAUAUUCUUCAUCUUAUCUCUCUUUUUCCUAACAUAUUCGCCUUAUGCUGUUUUCAUUCAUUUGAAAUUUUUCUGCACAUCCUGCAGUAAAUACAAGUUCUAUUAUAUCCUGAGCCAAACAUCCGAGCCCGUAAUGUCUCUGAACAGUGUUCUCAACCCAUUUCUUUAUGCGUGGCGACACAAGAACUUUCGUAAGGCUCUGGGAUGGAUUGUGAAGUGUCGUGGACGAACGAGGACGAAUUUUAGAGAAUAUGGAACAAAUCGUGAGACCAAAACCACUGGGGAACGAGUGGGUUUAGCACGGAUGACUCGAACCUAGGUUGUCAUAAGUAUGCACGUGUGUCCAGUUUCAUAUUGCGGUCUGUGAGGAACACAUGUGAUGACGACUCUUAGGUGGGUUACUUUUUAAUUUGUCUAAAACCCACCUCUAAAGAUCUAGCAAGAUAUUGGAAGUAUAUUUAAACUUGACUUGCUUGAACUAAAUGUUAGUAAGGACAUCAAAAUUCGCUAGAAGAUAUUUGAAGUUACAUUAGUUUAAAUUUGUGGACCAUUAUUCCAUGU